AUUUUUUCCCUUUAUUUCCCCCUGGCGUCUGCGCGGCCCCGCGGGGUGCCUUGCGCGGAGGGCGCGGCUUACCCCCCGCGGGCUUGCCGGGACUUGCCUGCCCUCGUGGCUGGUGUGGCCGAGUCGCCCCAGGCCCCUUUGUGCGCGUCGUUCUUGCCGCUGAGAAACGGCCUGGCCCGUCCGCAGCAGAUGGCGGGGCGGGGCCGGAGUCGCCGGGCCAGUCUCUGCUGUCCCCGUGUCGGGCCAGUCUCGCUUCUCUUGCAGACGUGAGGGUGGGGCGGGGAAGCGGACGCGUGUGCAGCGCCUCUUGGACUGGCCAAAGACCUCCUGCAUCCCUCCCUGGAGGACGAGAAGAAAAAGCAUAAGAAGAAGCGGCUGGUUCAGAGCCCCAACUCGUACUUUAUGGACGUCAAAUGUCCAGGUUGCUACAAGAUCACUACGGUUUUCAGCCAUGCCCAGACGGUGGUUCUCUGUGUCGGCUGUUCCACAGUGUUGUGUCAGCCCACAGGAGGGAAGGCCAGACUCACAGAAGGAUGUUCAUUUAGAAGAAAGCAACACUAAUGACCUGCACAACUUAAAUUUGUGUUAUGUCCCAGAAAGCCUUAUCAGUUCAGUAAUUCUAGUUAAUCUACUGAGAUAAUGUAAUUAUGUUCAAUUUUGUAAGGUAUACCACAGUGAUCUCCUAUUUUGGUGUCAGUUUUUCAAUAAAGUUUUGAUUAUGGACAGA